UGCAAACCGGGACCGCUUUUAACGCUGCAAAGCUCUUUCCCCCCCGCAUGAGGCUGUGGACAAGGAAAAGGCUUCCAACAGGACAUAAGGAUGAAGCGGUUCAUGGCCAUGUUAAACAGGAAUAAAAACAAGGAUCCCCCACCUGCCAAGCUGCUGGAUCUAGCAGGACAGCUUUGCCAGGACCUCCAGAGCUCGUCUCCUAGUCUAGAGAAGCUGGUUGGGGCCAUGAUGGGAUGCAAACACAAGAUGUAUUUUCUCACUAACAUCCACGUUGUCCGAGCUUGCGUGUUUGUUCAUAUCCAUAACGGGCAGCAUGACACAGCCUGCAGGCUCCUGGAGUAUUGCAAGGCAGAAGAGAAGGAGGAGCUGGUGCAACUUUGGCAUGAGAUUCACUACCGGAGGGUUAUGGAGAAACACCACACGGAUUUUCUGACACCACUACAGAAAUUCCGUUGCAGGAAGAGGAAUCCUCCACCUAUUUCCCUUUGUCCUGAAGGUUUGAAGAAUCGAAACUAUUCAGAUGAAGUACGCCAGCAACUACACAGGUUUGCAGCAGAGGUGACAACAAAUCCAAACAAGAAACAGCGGGAGGGAUUGGCUCGGGACAUGAACCUGCAGCCAACUCAGGUCUAUAAUUGGUUUGCAAAUUAUCGACGACGUCAAAAAUCCUGCCUCCCUCGUACAGAAAAGCUCAACAACUCAUGUCCUGAGAGGGCUUUGACUUACUACACAAAGGAGCAGCAGGAUAAAGGAUCCUACACCCCACAAACUGCAGAUGGAUCUUGUGUAGGCAUCGGCUCUGAGCAAACGGAGAUAACCCUCGUGCCCUGUGACCCAGGGUGGGAGCAGUCAGCUGCAGAUCUGGAUAAGCCUCCUGAAGGAACAUAUUUAAAGAUGCUGGAAUCCAGCUUUAUGCAGGGCAGUCAGCUGUAUGAAGCAAGGACAAGCAAGGCUUUGUUGACCACUCACAACACUGAACAACCUGUAGCUUUCCGCACUGAGGCUAUGCUGGAACCAGGAACCUGCUUUAACUCUGCUGUCCUGCAGCCGAGAGAAGUAGCAAGCAGUACUGAUGCCAGCCCCCAGCUGGAUAACUUUGUUCUGUGCUCUUGCGGGUCCCUUACCUUCCCAGAUGAACGGCUGGCCAUGUGGCAGGCCCCUUGCAGCACCAGAGGAGUCUCUGGCUCCAUGUGGACCCCAAGUAUAGAAGCAGGUAUCAGAGCUCCCUUGAGCAGAGUCCCUCAAGGUGCCUGUAUUGAGGCCAGUUCAGGAAGAAUCAUGCAGCAGUCAGAUUUAGAGGUUGAAAGCUUCAUCCUUAGAGAAGGACAGCUAGGGACCCUGGAAUCUAUUCUUCCCCACAGUUCCUGUCAGACUGUGUUUGGCAAGCCUCAGUGCCCACCUGUUUCUGCACCCUGCAUGGAAGAAAGCCAAGCCUUGGGACAAAGCCAGGUCCUCGAGGAUCCAGUUGGUGACCCAUUAACCAACGACACGUUCUGGGCAGCAUGGCUGCUUUUUGAAUUCUCAGCCGGCGGACGAAUGUGACCUGCCCGCAGAGAUGCUCAAUGUGGUCUGCACUUCCCCAGGAAACACCCCAUCCUUUCCUGUGGUUUUUUUGGUGUUUGUUUUUUUUUUUUAAUGACUGAGGGGUUUGACAUGGAGAUGAAUAGAGAGAGUGAGGUAGAAGGAUGACAGCUUUUUCUAGUAGUUACAAAGUUUGUUUUAGUUAGAGUUUUAUUAAGAAUUUUGCAAAGGAUAGAAGAAACCAAAGGUGCGUUGUGGAUUGUAGGUUUUUACUGGAGCAGUCUGAAGCUGCACUGUAAAUGCUAAAAAUAUCAAGUCACUAGUUCUGUGGCAGUUAGAUAUUUCUACCCAUAGCACUGGUCAGAUCCGAGUCCUUCAUUACAUCAUGAAGGUAAAUGAAGCUCCUGUACUCAAAAAGAGUAAAAUUUAGUUACAUUGCCUAGCAGUUGGAUAUUGGUUAACUUUUUCUCCAGCCUGGAAAAUAAGAUCUCGGCUAAGUGCUGGUAAAAUACUGCUAUUUCUCAUUCCUGCAUUUCUGUUGUACUGCUAGGUGUAACUUCUGGAGUUUUCCAUACUCCAUAGUGCCACAGAUGACCCAAGUUGGAGCAUGGCAGAAUUUUCAGUGCUAAAGUCAAUGUUCUUGCAGGAUUGGGGGAGGGCAUACCAGCGUUGUCGGUAUUUAAUACUACCUGCAACUCAGACUGCCCAGGAAAGAAGGAUGAGUGGAGGAGGUGGGAGCCACUGAACCCUCUUGAUCCAUUUUGAGUCCCCAGAUCUGGAUGGACUGAAACUGCCACGGCAAUUGUGUCACCCUUCAGGUGGUCUGCGGCAGUCUGACACCAGACAGCAGCAGGCGAGCACAUCCUAUUCAGACGAGUGCCCUGCAAAGCAGUGUGAGUUGUGCAGACUCUGUUUCCUACACACCGUAGUAAGUGUGGGGCUAAUAUUGUAUUUGGCUGAAGGCUGCUUACUCUGCGGGGGUAAGCUGUUUCACUGCAGCUCUCCUGGGGAGCGUGCACAACUGUUCCUUUUGCCCAGUACUUUUCCUUACUUAACCCAGCCUCAAGGCCGCCUGUUAUACUCCUCCUUCUCACGCUGCUCACGGAUCAGGAGCCCUGCUUCCUUUCUCUUGGAGACUAAAAACCAGAAUUGUGUAUGAGAGCAUUAGGGCACGAGUAGCAAAGCAGACCCUUGAUGCAGGUUUAAAACUAAUACUGCAAGUUAUUGGGCAGUCUUUUGGGUAUUUUCCCUAAGUAUUACUGCUGUUUUUUAGAUCUGUAUUGCAAAAGGGGUAAUCCUUGCCAAAACUCCAGCCCUGAGAUACAUCAAGUAGAUGCCUCCAGUACCUUUUGUAAUAAAGUUAGCAAAUAAAGGUUAUGAAUGACUCUUUCUCCAGGGUUCAUUUUUCAAGGUAAGGAUGCGAUUAUUCACACAUGGUAUUUAAUUAUGUAUUAAAACUCUACCACCAGCU